GGACUUGUGAUAAGUUGUCAUUUGAAGGGCUUUUAGCGCCACAAAGACCGUGUCGGGGGCAGCUCAUGUGCCUGCUCACUCCGCAUUUGGUGGCCGUGUUCCAGCUGCAUACGCAGGGCACGGGAGCCGUCCUCCUCUAAAGUGCGGGGAAGGAACCGAGGCGGGGACGGCGGUAUGGAGCCCAUCACGUGCGAGCAGUCGGCCACAGUGGACGACUUGGUGGAGGCGUGCGUCCGAGCCUUUGAUGAAACGGGGGUGUUGGUGGACCCUGCCCCGGUGCGUAUGUUCCUCACGAUGCAUCCUUGGUACAUCCCGUCGACAGACAUGGCUGCCAAGUUGGUGCACAAAUCCCAAGAGGGGGGCUGCACGGCAGCGCGGCGAAGCAGAAUAUGCCACCUCGUAAAGUAUUGGAUCUCCGAGUUUCCUGCAGAGUUCAAUCUGAACCCGGAACUGGCUGAGCAGAUGAAGGCCUUUAAAGACCUCCUGAGCACAGAGGGCAACGAGCGCCAGAGCCAGCUCAUUGACAUCGAGAGCGUGCCGUCGUAUGAAUGGAAGCGUCAGGUGACUCAGCGUGUCCCGUCCGUCUCCAAAAAGAGGAAAAUGUCUUUGCUCUUCGACCACCUUGACUCCUGUGAACUGGCUGAGCACCUGACCUACUUGGAGUACAAAUCCUUCUGCAAGAUUUUGUUUCAGGAUUACCACAGCUUCGUGAUGCACGGCUGCACGGUGGACAACCCGGUGCUGGAACGCUUCAUCACGCUCUUCAACAGCGUCUCGCAGUGGAUCCAGCUCAUGGUGCUCAGUAAGCCCACGGCGCCUCAGAGAGCCUCAGUCGUCUCGCACUUUAUCAGAGUUGCACAGAAGCUCCUGCAGCUGCAGAACUUCAACACGUUGAUGGCGGUGGUGGGCGGCCUCAGCAACAGCUCCAUCUCACGCCUCAAAGACACGCAGGCGCACAUCAGUGCUGAAACCAACAAGGUUUUUAACGGCCUCAUCGAGCUGGUGACGUCGUGCGGCAACUACAGCCGGUACCGCAAGUGCUUCUCGGAAAGCUCCGGCUUCCGCUUUCCCAUCCUGGGCGUGCACUUGAAGGAUCUGAUCGCCGUGCACGUGGCGCUGCCGGACUGGACCGACAAGGAGAAGACGCGAGUCAACCUGGCCAAAACCCAGCAGCUCUACAUCAUCCUUCAGGAGCUGGCACUGAUACAGAACACGCCGCCCAACGUGGACGCCAACACGGACCUGCUGAACCUCUUGACAGUAUCUCUGGACCAGUAUCACACAGAAGAGGAGAUCUACCAGAUGUCUUUGCAGAGGGAACCUCGCAAGUCAGCGAACUCUAGCCCCGCUCCGGCUCCUGACCCCAAGUCCACUGUGAUCUACGAGUGGGCUGUGUCGGUGAAGCCCAACGCUGACCCAACGCUCAUCAAGAAACACAUCGAGAAGAUGGUGGAGUCUGUCUUCAAGAACUUCGACGCAGAUGGCGAUGGCCACAUAUCCAGGGAUGAGUUUGAGGCCAUCAGGAACAACUUUCCCUACCUCAGCAAGUUCGGAGAACUGGACAAGAACCAAGACGGCAAAAUCAGCCGGGAGGAGAUGAUCGACUACUUCAUGAGGGCCAGCUCGCUUCUCAACUGCAAAAUGGGCUUUCUCCACACCUUCGCCGAGGCCACCUACGUCAAGCCCACUUUCUGCGAGCACUGCGCCGGCUUUAUUUGGGGCUUCUACAAGCAGGGCUACAAGUGUAAAGACUCCCCCUGGUUUGCCUCGCCGUGUGUUUGUGCGAGUGCUCGUGUGUCUGCAUGGCGUUUGGCAGCAACUUCCCUGUGUCUGAGCCUCUCUCUCCACCCCACUCCUCAUCUGCGUGGCGCCCUCGCGCUCUCCUCGCCUGUCCUCGGGACGCCCCACCCUCCGCUGCUCCUUCGGCACCUUUCCCUGCCGCCUUCCCUUCCUUCUGCGGGCGCAGCCUGCGGGGUCAACUGCCACAAGGCCUGCCGCGGCCGCCUGGUCGUCGAGUGCCGGAAGAGAACCAAGAGCAUCAGUCACGAGACGCCGCCCGCUCUUCAGGCCAGGUCCUACAGCUUCCCGCCACCUGCCAACCCUCCGCCCAACGUCCAGAACACCGUCAUUGCUGAGGAGGAUUUAGAGGCAGUGGAAGAAGGCGUAUUUGACGUUCACCUGUAACAACUUCAAAAAGGCAGCUUAUGUCUUCAGCUGCGGAAGCACUCAAAGAGAGCUCGCCGGAGGUCCCCGCAGUGACGUCAAAGGACAACAGCCACUGCUGCCGCCCAGUGGAUAAAUACUGCUCCUGCAACACUUGCAGCAGCAUCUCCAUUGGCCUCUGUGGACAUGACAAUUAGUGGUAACAAUGUUAUUUUUGUGUCACCUGCCCCGCACUCGUAUUUACCGAAGAAUGAAUCCUGAUGCAACUUGCUGCAUUUUUGCUGUUGCACGCCAAACGAUCAUUUACCAUGAGUUAGUACGCGACAUCCGCAAAGGAGUAGGUUUUGUUUUCCCACAGAGAGACUCUUUCAGCCAACGAGCGCCAUCUUGUGAACAUCUGGUAAGUCACUGAAUGCGACGCCGGGACACAGGAAAUGUCCUGUGGGAAUUGCUUAAAAGGCGGCAGCUGCCUUGACGGACGACGUUUCCGAUGAGUUUUUCUGUUUGGUUGUCUCCCACUGCAACCGCCUCAGUCGAAAAAGAAGUCAAAUGCUUAUUUCCCCCCCCCCGGCCUUCUUCUCCUUGUCUGUGCAACAGUGUUUGUCCACCGCCUGUUAGUGCAGAUGAAUAAAAAUAAAUGGCA